GGAUAUUGAGUUGCGGGUCAAUAAGCGCAAACGAACCGAUAGAACGCAUUUAGUUUGUAACUGCUAGAGAAAUAUGAAAGAAUAGUCGACUGCAGGGAAGUAUGAUUUGUGAAAACGAAGGGGAAUUACAAAAUACCGGUAUUCAAAUGAAGAAAUACUUCAACUGAAAUUGUCGUUGACAAUAUAGCAAAUUAUUUAAAAUAAAUUAGUUUGAUAAACAAGCGCGGGAAUUUUUUCGUGUUUUGAACUUCGUUUAAAGCUUUUCGAACGUUCAAUUCUACAGUUUUUAGCUUUUCAGAUUAAUCCUUAAUAAAGAAAACUUCGCAACGCUUUGUUGUGACGUGUCAUAUUUGGAUAUGGCUUUAUUUUCACUCUCGCAAUAUAAUUAUUUAUCCAGAUUAUUACCAAAUUCACCUCACACAGAUGCCAGAAGCGUAUUGUAGACUCACAUAUAAUAAUAAAACUACUUUCUAAGACUUUUAUAUACUGUAAUACUUAGAUCUACGAAGACAGAUAUGUUUGGAGAUGAAGAAUACUGGGAUGUUGAAUAUCCUGCAGAAGUACUAUCUUCAACUACUAGCCAAGCUAAUACCAACGGUAACUACAACAAUGGAAUUGAGUCGAACAAAUCGUCAGGAAAUAUUGGAACAUCAUUUAGGUACAAUAACGAGCACCACGAUAUAUAUGGAGAAAGCAUUGGAAACGGCUUUGACGAAGAAGAUUGGGAUGCUGAUCCUACAUGGAUUAGGAACGACAACAAUUGUUCUGAUAACAGCGCUGCGAAACAAACGAAUGGAAAAUCAAAUUUCGGUAAUGAAUCUCUCACUACAGGGCGAAAUAAUUCAAAUCACGGUUUUGGUGAUAUGGCGGGAAACGACAACAGAAGAAACUAUUCGACGACUGUGACUUGUUACAAAUGCGGUGAAAUCGGUCAUAUGUCAAAUAACUGUGAACAUUUGCCCAAACAAUUUGACGACAACCAAAGGAGGCCCCGUAGAGCUUGCUAUAAAUGUGGCGACGAAACCCAUUUGGCUAAUAACUGUUGCUCCACGGAAACUAACGAAGAUCAGCGACAGAGAAAAGUUACUUGUUAUAAAUGUGGCAAAGACGGCCAUAUAUCACGUGAUUGUAAGAAUCAAAUUUCGAGUCGUAAUUGUUAUAAAUGUGGAGAAGAAGGCCAUAUUGCCAGUGACUGCAACACAGCAAAUUUAGAUAACAAACAAAAAAAUCGCCCGCCACCGUAUAUCCCCCCACCCCCAUCAGAAGAUGAUGACUUAAUAUUUUCUGCGAUUCCAACUGGAAUUAAUUUCAAUAACUACGAUUCAAUACCGGUAGAAGUAAGCGGUGUCAACGCUCCCUCUCAUAUUAAUACCUUCGACGAAGCAGAAUUGACUCAAACAAUUCGCACUAAUGUGUUCAAGUCCAAGUACCUUACACCGACACCUGUUCAAAAGUAUAGCAUUCCAAUCACAAACGCCGGAAGAGACUUGAUGGCGUGUGCCCAAACUGGGUCGGGUAAAACAGCUGCAUUUUUGUUGCCUGUCUUGUCUGGGAUGAUACGCAGCGGUUUACAAACAGCUCAAUUUUCUGAAAGGCAAACUCCUCAAGCAAUUGUGGUAGGACCUACGAGAGAACUGAUUCGUCAAAUCUUUGAUGAAACAAGAAAAUUUUCUCGUAAUACUGUUAUAAAACCUUUCAUGGCGUAUGGUGGAACAGCUAUUAACAAUCAACUUGAAAUACUCACUAGGGGAUGCAAUAUCCUAAUCGCCACCCCUGGUAGGUUGCAAGACCUCAUUAGAAGAGAAAGAAUCGGACUUGAAUAUGUACAAUAUUUAAUCCUUGACGAAGCGGAUCGAAUGCUCAGCAUGAACUUCGAAACAGCCAUUCGUGAAUUGGCAAGCGCGCCAGGAUUUCCUGAUAAAACAAAUAGACAAACUUUGCUCUUUAGUGCAACUUUCCCUGAUGACGUACAAAAAUUAGCGCAUGAUUUUUUAAAAGAAGAUUUUAUAUUUUUGACCAUAGGUCGCAUUGGCGGUGCGUGUACUGACGUCACUCAACAUGUUUUGAAAGUGGAUCAGGAUGACAAGCGGGAAACAUUGAUUGAACUUUUAAAUGACGUGCCCGCUACGGGAGCAAAGACUUUAGUGUUUGUCGACACUAAACGCAAUGCUGAUUUUCUAGCCAGUUUUCUUUCACAAGAGGAAUUGCCUACAACAAGUAUUCAUGGUGACAGACCUCAACGUGAACGUGAAAUGGCAUUACGGGAUUUCACAACGGGAACCUGUCCUAUUAUGAUUGCUACGUCGGUUGCUGCAAGAGGUUUGGAUAUUCCUAAAGUGGAACACGUGAUCAACUACGACUUACCAAAGGAAAUUGACGAAUAUGUUCAUAGAAUCGGUAGAACAGGAAGAUGUGGAAAUCUGGGUCAAGCGACUUCCUUUUAUUGCGAAUUUAAAGACGGAGGUAUUGCGCGACCUCUUGUUAAGGUUCUUAGAGAUGCCAAUCAAAUUAUACCAGAAUGGUUGGAAGAAAAUGCCGCCAAUUCUAUGGAAACAAGUCAUGGCGCCAACAGAGGGCGUUUUGGGGCUCGGGAUGCAAGGCGUGGCCGCGGUAGGGGACAUCAAUUAUCACGGCAAUAUACCCCGACGAAUCGUGAACCAAGAGAAACGUUUAGUCAAAAUGGAUGGAAUUCAGAAGUCCAAUCGCAAUUUGGUUCGGAUCAAUAUGCUGAGGUUGAUAGAUUUAAUCCUCGGGAUAACACAGAUUCGAAUCAGACGGAUAUUAUGGCAGGAUUUGGAGAGGAAUCUUGGGAUUAAUUACCAUACACUAAUUUUUUUUUUACGUGGGUGAUAAUGACAAUAUCGGCUGGUGCAUUGAUUUAUUUUCACGCUCACCCACAUCAAGUAUAUAUAUAUACAGUUUGUAAUAUCAUGUGAACGAUACUUUUCCCAAAUGCC